UCAAAAUGGAUGCUUGUGGUUUCUUGUGCGGCUCCCUUUCAGUUCCUGUCCCUUCAAAUUCUUGUCUCUCCCAUGAAUCGCAAUUAAGAUCCUUCUCAUUCCUCAAGUCCCCAAUCCAUUUACCCAAACCCUUCAAACUCUUCUUCCAAUUUCAGCCCUUACCGGCAGUGCGUCUCAGGUGUGGGAAUGCUCAAGAGAUGGUGACUCCAGAACCAAGCUUGACCGCUUCCACGUCGGAUUAUCAUCCCAUUGAUCAAAAACUGCUUCAGAACAUGGCUUAUGAUGCUCUCGUUUGGAGUUCUCUGCACGGUCUCCUUAUUGGCGAUAAAGCUGUCGAGAGAUCGGGGAGCGUCCCCGGCGUCGGUUUGGUGCAUGUGCCGUUUGCAUUAUUACCCACUUCGUUACCUGAAAGUCAUUGGAGGCAAGCGUGCGACUUAGCCCCUAUAUUUAAUGAACUUGUUGAUCGGGUGAGUCUGGAUGGAAAAUUUCUGCAGGAUACCCUCUCCAGAACUAAGAAAGUGGAUGAAUUUACCUCUAGACUUUUAGAUAUUCAUUCCCAGAUGUUGGAGGUUAACAAGAAAGAGGAAAUACGUUUGGGAUUACAUCGUUCAGAUUAUAUGCUUGAUGAGCAGACUAAAUCACUUCUUCAAAUAGAGCUGAACACUAUUUCAACUUCAUUUGCUGGUCUUGGUAGCCUUGUAACUGAACUUCAUAGGAACAUAAUUUCUCACCAUGGAAAAUUGCUUGGACUGGAUCCAGGAAAAAUUCCUGUGAAUGCUGCUGUCAGUGAGUUUACAGAGACAUUAGCUAAAGCUUGGUGUGAGUAUAAUAAUCCCAGGGGUGUGAUUAUGUUUGUGAUUCAGGCUGAAGAACGGAACAUGUAUGAUCAGCAUUGGCUUUCUGUAGUUUUGAGAGAAAGACAUCGUAUAAGAACAAUACGGAAAACACUGGCAGAAAUUGAUCAAGAAGGAGAACUUCUACCAGAUGGAACACUUUCUUUGGAUGGACAGCCGAUUGCAGUCAUUUACUUCAGGGCUGGGUAUACACCACUUGACUAUCCUUCAGAGUCGGAAUGGAGAGCUAGGCUAAUGAUGGAACGGUCUUCUGCUAUCAAAUGCCCAUCAAUAUCUUAUCAUUUGGUUGGAACCAAGAAAGUUCAACAGGAACUUGCGAAGCCCAAUGUUCUUGAGAGGUUCCUUGAAAAUAAAGAUGACAUUGCCAAACUGCGCAAAUGCUUUGCAGGAUUGUGGAGUUUGGAUGAUUCUGACAUUGUUAGAAAUGCAAUUGAGAGACCAGAAUUAUUUGUAAUGAAACCCCAAAGGGAAGGAGGAGGAAACAAUAUCUAUGGGGAUGCAGUGAGGGAAUCUCUCAUAAGAUUGCAGCAAGCAGGAUCUGAAGAAAAUGCAGCUUACAUUCUGAUGCAGAGGAUAUUUCCAGCUAAUUCUACAACAUAUAUUAUGCGUAGUGGCUAUUGCCACAAGGAUCAGACGAUUUCGGAACUGGGGGUAUUUGGUGCUUAUCUAAGGAACAGGGACAAGGUCAUUGUAAAUGGCCGUAGCGGGUAUCUGAUGCGUACAAAAAUAUCUUCAUCUGAUGAAGGUGGAGUGGCGGCUGGCUUUGCAGUAUUAGAUAGUGUGUAUCUGACGUGAUAGAUUCAAAUCUGACAGGGUAGUCCAAAGCGUGGUGCCAUGGAUUAACCCAUGUAACUUGUUAUUUGUCUCCAGAUGAUUCUAUCUCUGGGCAUUCAUAAAAGGGCUAGGAGGUCCAGUUUCGCUUAUAGCUUGGGCUCCUAGGACUAUGUUUGGUGGGUUAGGGGCCCUUUGCUUUAUGGUGCCCUGGAAAAGGGGCCUUGAUUCUGCCCAAUAAACUUUUUCUUGACUGUUCCUUAACUCAUAAUCCAUAUCCAAAUGCAGUCUGAUUGGAAUCU